UUCAUUUUUUAAAAAAAUGCAUUUAGAUUCACUACUAUUAUCAUUACGGAUAUUACCAAUAUCCAAACGACGACGACGUCGUCGUCGACGAUUAAAUGAUUAUCAUAAUGAUAAUCAUUUGUCAAUCAUUCAUCGAAACAUUGGCCUUAAUUUACCAUUAUCAUCAUCAUCAUUAAUAAUAAUAAUAUCAUUAUUGUUAUCAUCAUUAUUUAUCAAUCAAAUUGAUUGUAUGACGCCUACAACAAAAUCGAAAUCGACCACCGAAUGGAUUGAAUUCGAAGCUGCAUUCCAAGGUGAAUGCCAUAUAUCGAAUCCAUGUCAACAAUUAUGUUUCGAUCUACAUGAUGGAACAUUUGAAUGUGCCUGUCAAGAUGGUUAUCAUUUACAUAUGAAUGGCUAUUCAUGUAUAGCUAUGAUUGAUAUUAAAAAUCAUUCAUUUCAAUUAUUUUCAUCAUCAUCAUCAUUGAAAACAUUGAAACAAAUUCAAUCUUCCAAUAUCGUAUUAAAUCAAACUACUAAAUCAUUACCAUUAUCAACACCUUCAUCAUCAACAACAACAACACCGACGACAAAAAUACCUCAAUCAUAUCAUGAUAUCAAUAAUGAUCCAAUUAGUAAAUCUUCCAUUGAUAAUAUUAUUGAUCCAUCAUCAUUAUAUUCAUGUAAUGAUAUUGAAUGUGAAGCUGGUGGUGUAUGUAUUGAAACUAUGCCUUUAUCACAGAAUCCACAAUCAUCAAUACAAAUGAAUAAUAUUGAUUAUCAUCAUCAUCAUCAUCAACAACAACAACAACAGCAACGUCAACAACAUCAAAAAGUUCGAUGUAAAUGUCCUCUGGGAAGGGGUGGACAAUUUUGUGAAAAAAUAAUUGAAGUGAAGCAGCCACAUUUCAUGGGAUCAUCAUAUCUUGCAUUGCCUACACUAAGAAAUGCUCAUCGAUCAUUAAAAAUCAAUAUUGAAUUCAAACCAGAAUCCUAUGAUGGUGUUCUGCUAUACAGUGGUCAAGAGACUAAUCUUGAUGGUGAUUUUAUAGCCAUCAUUCUUAUACAAGGAUUUAUUGAAUUUCGUUUCGAUUGUGGUAUGGGUGAAGGAAUAAUCCGUAGUGAUAUGCCUAUCAUAUUGAAUUCAUGGAAUACAAUUGAUAUAUAUCGUGAUGGCCGUAAUGCAUGGAUGCAAUUGAAUCAAGGGCAGCAAAUUUUUGGCCAUUCAAAAGGAUUAUUUUCAAGAAUUACAUUCCGUUUAGAAACAUUUCUCGGUGGAUCACCAAAUAUAUCACAAAUUGUAAAUCGUAUCAAUGUGAAUAAAGGAUUGAUUGGCUGUGUACGUCAAUUGAUGAUUAAUGAUCGUCAAUAUGAUCUUUAUAAUGAUACUAUCGAUGGCAUCGAUAUUGAUCAAUGUAAUUCGGAUGCAUGUAAUCAUGUCACCUGCCUGAAUGGUGGCCAUUGUACUGUUAAUGAAAAUAAUGAUAAACAAUGUAUUUGUCUAUUGGGAUAUACGGGCGAAUAUUGUGAACAACAAAUUGAAUUCUCAAUACCAUCAUUCAAUGGAUCAUCAUAUUUACAAUUUAUCGGUUUUGGUGAUCAAUCAACAAUGUUUAGUGAAAUUUUAAUCAUAAUCAAACCAUAUAAACAGGAUGGUCUUUUUCUUUACAAUGGUGAAAGAAUGGAUAAAACUGGUGAUUUUAUUUCAUUAAAUCUAGUGGAUGGUUAUGUUGAAUUUCGUUUUGAUCUUGGUACUGGUGCUGCCAUACUAAGGAGUCCGGAGAAAAUAACGAUGAAAGAAUGGCAUACGAUUUAUGCAACAAGAACAGGACGUGAAGGUCUACUACGAGUGGAUGAUCAACCUAUUGCCCAUGGCCAAUCAUUGGGUGCAUUCACACAGUUAACACUACCAUUAAAUCUUUAUAUUGGCGGUGUAACAAGCCUAAAUGCUAUACAUCAUAAUGUACUAGCCAAUCGAUUAUAUCAUGGCUGUAUACAAAAAAUCAUAAUCAAUGGUCAUCAAUUAUCGUUAUUAGAAGAUGUACUAUCCGGUGUUAAUAUUGAUAAUUGUCAACAUACAUGUCAUAUGAUUAGACCAUGUCAAAAUAAUGGCCAUUGUGAACCGAUUAAACAUCAUUAUCAUUGCCAUUGUUCAACAAAUUUAAAUUUUAUUGGACAACAUUGUGAAAUUAAACUCAAUACAGGGUCCGAAUCAUCAUCACCGUCACAGUCAUCAUCAUCAUAUCCAAUGUUUUAUGGUAAUAGUUUUCUUCGUUAUUCCAAUCCAAUCAUAUUGAAUCGAAUACGUGGCCUAAAGACAAUCAUUCAUCUUAAUCUUCGAGCUUUUAGUUCAAGCGGUCUGAUUCUAUGGUUUGGUGAAUCAUCAUCAUGGCGCAAAAAUCGUGAUUAUUUAACCAUCGGUUUGAACGAUGGUCAUAUUAAUGUUGAUUUAAAUCUGGACAUUAAUAAUAAACGUGGCCACAAUUUAAAUUCCAAACGAUUCAUUGUUAACAAUACACGUAUCGAUGAUGGCCAAUGGCAUCGAUUAAAUGUUAUACGUAUUGGACAACAAAUAAUCAUUCAUAUUGAUGAUAAUAUCACUGUACGUGGCCUAAUUGAUGGUGAUGAACAUGAUCAUCAUGAUAAUAAUAAUAAUAAUAAUGUUCAAAGUGCACUUUAUCUUGGUGGACUAGAGAAUACGGCCAUGAUUUUUGGCAACAAUAAUUAUGAAAAAGGUUUCAUUGGUUGCAUAUCGAACAUGACAAUUGAUGAAAAUUUCACCAUUAAUCUAAUGUCCGAUUCAGAUCGUGGUGUAAACAUACGAACUUGUAUUUGAAAACACUACCAACAAAUCUCCUGAUCAUUUCCAACUACUACUAUAAAAUGAAUAUAUAUUGUAACAACUGUGAUACUGGACAUCAAAACAAACAAACAAACAAAAAACUGACCAUAUAUCAUAUUGAUGAUUAAUUGGCUGAAAUCAAUAAUAAUAAUUUAUAUAUUAAACCACUUAUUAUUACUUAUAUCAAAAAUUCGACUAAAAUGUACAAAAUUCACCAAUUCUUUUUGCUUUCACUUGAUUCGAAGGGUAAAAAAAAAAAAAAAAUUCACCAUCAUCAUCAUCAUUAUUUAUUAUCACAUUGAAACAUUUUCUACCUUUUUAUGAUUCUAAAUUCAUUCUGAUUCUCCACUAUUAUUCCAUUAUUUUCACACACACACAAAAAACACUUAUGCAAAAAAAUGGCAAUGUAAUUGACUAAUAUAUAAAGUUAUUAUGGACAUUCAAACAAUAAUAAUAAUAAAAACAUUUGAAUUGA